CUAAAUAUCUUCUCUCUGUUCGUCAUCUUUCCCAGUACUUUUCAAUUAAAGAAUCGAAGAUUUUCAUUUUCCUUCUCCUUCAUCUUAUAUACAACACAAACAAACCCAUUCCCUCUGUUUUCCUUUUUUUAUAAGAAUUUUAUAUAUUGGUUUGGCAAUUACCAGGUUUAAUUGCAGCUUUUAUGAUCUGAUCUUGAGCAUCCAGUCAUGUCGAUGCUUGAUUCCUUCUUCAACAAGGGCUUUAAGGCUGCCAAAUGUAAAACCCUACUCAAGUUUACUAUCCCGCGCAUAAAGUUGCUGAGGAAUAGGAGAGAGAUUCAGAUAAAGCAAAUGCGUCGGGACAUUGCUAAGCUUCUUGAGACUGGUCAAGAAGCUACUGCUCGCAUUCGGGUAGAGCAUAUAAUAAGAGAAGAGAACAUGAUGGCUGCUCAAGAAAUCCUUGAGCUAUUCUCUGAGCUGAUUUCUGUGCGCCUUCCAAUCAUUGAAUCACAAAGGGAAUGUCCUUUAGACUUGAAAGAAGCAAUAUCUAGCAUCUGUUUUGCUGCGCCAAGAUGUGCCGAUCUGCCAGAGUUGCUGCAAGUUCAAAUGCUAUUUGCUUCCAAAUAUGGAAAGGAAUUUGUAGUCGCUGCAAAUGAGCUUAUGCCAGAAUGUGGUGUCAAUCGCCAGUUGAUAGAAUUUUUAUCUGUUCGUGCUCCUUCACCUGAAGCAAAAUUGAAGCUUCUGAAGGAAAUUGCUGAGGAGCAUGAAUUAGAUUGGGAUCCAGUUGCUUUUGAAACCGAGCUUUUAAAACCACAUGAAGACUUGUUGAAUGGUCCAACACAAUUUGUUAGUGGGUCUAAGUUGCCCCUUCCAGAAGAGAAACAUAAUGAAGCAUUGAACUCUGUUCCUGAUCAUGCCCAUAAUAAAGAGCCUGAUUCUGAUUCAGACUUCGAAGAAAUAGAUUUCCCUGAAGUUCCUAAAGUGUCUUUACGGCCAAGUGCCAGUGCCUUAGCCCCAGAAAUGGAACCUAUACCAGUUACUGCCCAGCGUAGAAUUGAUCAUGAAUUAUCAAAUCACUAUGCAACUCCCGAAAAUCUAGCUCCGGGACCUUUUUUGAAAGAUGAGGAUGUGACUGAAGAAAAGCCAGUGGCUGCCAAAGACAAAAUGCCCAAUAUUAUGGUUGGUGCCAAGGUCGAAAAACAAUUUUUGCCAUUCAUUUCUCCCCCAUCAGUGGCUUCUACACCCCUUUCAACAAGACAGAUUAAUUCGCCGCCUAUCUCAAGGACAAACAGUGAGGCUAAUGUAGAUCUGCAGGAUGUUUUAGCUGCUGCUCAAGCUGCGGCAGAAACUGCUGAUCGUGCAGCAGCAGCAGCUCGAUCGGCCGCUACUCUUGCGCAGGCCAGGAUUAGUGAGCUCACGAAGAAAAAUAGUGAGAAGUUUCCCGAGGAUAAUGAUGAGAAUCCAUUUUAUGCAGAUAUUCCUGAUCACUCAGCUACUGCAGAAAAGCCACUUUUUGAUCAUCAACUCUCUUUUGAUGAUCCCAAUAGUGUAUCAGACUAUCAGGAUUCCCAUCGACUUCAUAAUCUACCUUCCUUUCACAAACUCAAAGUGGAAUAUGAUUCUCCUAGUGAUCAUAUUCGUGAACAAGGUUUCGUUCGUCACCAGCCACAGAGAUUGCCUUCAAUGGAUGAUGAGUCAUACUUCUCAUACCCUAAUUUGUUUACGUCUUGGCACCCAAAUGUUGGAAGCAACUCUGUGACAGAUAAUUCCUGUUCGACCCAUUAGAGUGCAAGUAAAAUAUAAUCAUGGCUGCCAUUGUUUGACGAGGAAAAUUCUGCUGUGGCUGAGUAGCCAUCUUAAAUGGUUUGUCCUGAAAUAUGAUGAGUUCUGGGAUUUCUGUACAAAAGCAGCUUUGCGUUGGUAAUAAAUUUCCUUUCUCUUUGAAAA